AUGAUUCGACAGAUAAGAACACUUAGUAGUUCGAACUUGUUAAGAUUCGAAACUAGGUCAAUAUUAAGUAAAUUAAACCAGAAAGAUGUGGAAUCACCCUCAUCGUUAGCUUCGGAAUCAACUUUACCCCAUAUCGAACAAGAUUUGAAAGUUAGUCCUCGUCAAGCAAAAGCCAAAGCAGCAUUUUUAUCAGAUAAUAAACUUGAAAAGAAAGACUACCAAUUAUCUGGAUUCAGUUCCAAGAUAGGUCAAAUGGUGAUUAAUGUUUUUCAUUUAGAUAUGGACAAGGCUAGAUCAGGUUCAGUAGCAGGUUCAAAAUAUUUUGGUGAAUGUAAAAGACAAGGGUUAUAUUAUCCAAAUGAACCACUUUCAGAUACUGCCAAAUUCUUUUAUCAAACAUUAAAAUUACCAAUGUCUUUCAGUCAGUGGUUCCAAAUUACCACCUUGCAUUAUUGGAUGUUAUCAGUCAGAAUGAGAGCCAUGCCUUUUAAACAUGGAAGAAAUUAUCAACAAAAAUUAAUCGAUAGAAUCUUCAAAGAUAUGGAAUUAAGAAUGAAUGAAGAAUUAGGUAUUAAUUCUAAUAGUGUCAUUGAAAAAUUCUUGAAAGAUUACCAUACCCAAGUUAUAGGAUGUGUUUUCUCCUAUGAUGAAGGUCUCAUGACUGAUGAUAUAACUUUAGCAUCUGCAUUAUGGAGAAAUGUUUUCAAUGGGGAUCCAAAUGUUGAUAUAAGGCAUGUGGAAUCAUUAUUGGGAUAUGUUAGAUCUCAAUUAUAUGUAUUAAAUAAAAUGACUGACAGGGAAUUUGGAUUUGGAGAUUUUGAAUUUGUUUCACCUGAUCAAACUGUCAGACCAUUAACUAAAGCUCAAGAAGAAGAGAUGAAAAAGAAUGUUAGAAUGAAAUAUGAAUCAAUGAAGUUACCUUCCCAAAGAAGUGAAUUAUCAUUGGAUGAAUAG